AUGGCGACUCCGAUGAUGCAUUAUUUCGGCUUUGGCAGCAAUGCACCUCCCUAUACCAAAGAAAUAUAUGAGCUAGAGCGUCGUGCAAUCUUCACGAAGAGGUGGAUCUUUCUCACCCACAGCUCGCGCCUCAAGGAGGCUAGCGACUGGCUUCGAUAUGAAAUUGCUGGCUUCGACUUCAUUGUUACCCGUGACCGGCAGAGCAAUUUCAACGCCUUCCACAAUAUUUGCAGACAUCGCGCUUAUCCAGUAAUCGAGAAAGAAGGCUCUAGAAACUCGAAGAUUCUAUCUUACCGAUAUCACGGUUGGUCCUACGGAUUGAACGGCAAAUUAGCCAAGGCUACCGGAUUCAAAGACAUAGAGAGUGUCGACAAAGAGCAAAACAGUCUCUUCCGAAUUCAUUUAAAGGUCGAUAAGAUUCUGGCUAAUAAUUUCAACGAAUGUUACCACUACCCUACCACUCACUCUGAUAUUCCGGAAUUCCUCAACCUCGAUUCCUUCGAUAGCGACCUCAAAGACGGCCAUAUUCAACACCAUUGUAUUUCCACACCAGAACAAAUAGGCAAGGACCAUAUUUCAUUAUACGAGUUCAAGCCCAUUGGCGAGAUAUACGCACGUGUUAUGGGCGAAGAUAAAGUGCUCUACAACAAUCAACAGCUGAAUUUGGAUCGAAAUGUGUUCAUCAAUAGCCAACUCCAUCCAAAGUUCGAAAAGGCUCCAAUCUUCUUCCAGAGCACGGUUCGCCAGGUCAUCAUAGAGCACUUUACGCGUGAAAAGGCCGGGGGUCGGGAUAUUUAG